AUGAAGAGCAUUAUCUAUGUUCUGUUCGCUAUCGCGUUGGCCACCAGCCUUCGUUAUGAAAACACGUUCAACUCCUUCGAGGCCAGAUAUGGAAAGAACUAUAUCAACGCCGCUGAGAGAGCUUUCCGCCAGAAGGUGUUUGCCUACAACAUGGAAUGGGCUCAGAAGAUCAACUCUGAGGAUCAUCCUUACACCGUCGGUGCUACUCCUUUCGCUGAUAUGACCAACACUGAGUUCGCUGUUUCCAAGCUCUGCGGAUGCAUGCUGAAGCCCAAGAUGACCAAGCCCGCCACUCCCAUCAUGGAGCCCGCUGCUGAGGCUGUUGACUGGAGAGAGAAGGGAGCUGUGACCCCCGUCAAGAACCAGGCUUCUUGCGGAUCCUGCUGGGCUUUCUCUGCCACCGGUGCCAUGGAGGGCAGAAACUUCGUUGCUAACGGAGAGCUCAUUUCUCUGUCUGAGCAGCAGCUCGUUGAUUGCGAUCAUCAGUCUUCUGGUUGCGGAGGUGGUUUGAUGACCUAUGCCUUCGAGUACGCCAAGAAGAAGGGUAUGUGCAAGGAGGAGGACUAUCCUUACCACGCUGUUGAUGAGGAUUGCAAGGACGACAAGUGCACUCCUGUUGUGUUCCCCAAGGGAUAUGAAGAGGUUCCCAGGUUCGACGGUGCUGCUCUGAAGCAGGCUGUGUCCCAGGGACCCGUGUCUGUGGCUGUGGAGGCUGACUCCAUUGUGUUCCAGAUGUACACUGGUGGUGUCAUUGAUAGCUCCGCUUGCGGAACCUCUCUGAACCACGGAGUGCUGGCUGUCGGUUAUGGUGCUGACUACUGGAUUGUCAAGAACUCCUGGGGUGAAUCUUGGGGUGACAAGGGUUACCUGAAGAUCAAGUACACCGAGUCUGGAGCUGGUAUCUGCGGUAUCAACCAGAUGAACUCUUACCCCACUUUCUAAACGUGCUAAAUGCUUAGAGAGAC